AUGUGGCCGGCCAACCAGACUCUGGGUGGCAACUUCUUCCUGUUGGGGAUCUUUGGCCAGUCCCCACACCCUGGCUUCCUCUCUUUGUUCAUCUUUGGUCUUUUUCUGAUGGCUGUAUUUGGGAAUGCUGUACUGAUACUUCUGAUCCACGUUGACUCUUCUUUGCAUACUCCCAUGUACUUCUUUAUCAACCAGCUCUCAUUCAUGGACCUGACAUACAUUUCUGUCACUGUGCCCAACAUGCUGGUGAGCUACCUGACCGACAGGGCGAGCAUCUCAGUCACUGGGUGUGGGACCCAGAUGUAUUUUUACCUGAUGCUGGGAGGUGCCGAGUACUGUCUUCUAGCUGCCAUGGCCUAUGACCGCCAUGUGGCCAUCUGCCGUCCUCUCCGUUACCCUGUCCUGAUGAGCCGUAGGGUGUGUCUCCUCCUGGCCUCCUGCUGUUGGUUCGUGGGCUCAUUAGAUGGCUUCGUCCUCACUUCCAUUACCAUGACCUUCCCCUUCUGCAGGUCCCGUGAGAUCCACCAUUUCUUCUGUGAGGUUCCUGCUGUGUUGCAGCUCUCCUGCUCUGACACCACUUCCUACAAGAUUUUCAUGUACCUGUGCUGUGUGCUCAUGCUCCUCAUCCCCGUGACAGUCAUUCUAGGCUCCUACUACUCUAUCAUCCUUGCCAUUCACAGGAUGACUUCUGCUGAGGGCCGCAAGAAGGCCUUCACCACCUGCUCCUCCCACAUGACCGUGGUCAGCCUCUUCUAUGGAGCUGCCGUCUACAACUACAUGCUCCCCAGCUCCUCCCACACCCCGGGGAAGGACAUGGCCAUGUCCUUCUUCUACACCAUCAUUGCACCUGUCCUGAACCCUGUUAUCUACAGCCUCCGGAACAGGGACGUUGCAAGGGCUCUGAGGAAGGCGCUGAAAGCAGGGAAGCUGCACACCGAAGCAUGA